UUGAAUCAGUGGAGAGUGGAGGCUUUAGCAGCCCCUCUCCAGAGAUGCUGAUGUGUUGGAAAUGCUAGAGGCCAUUUCACUGAACUGCCAUUCAGUAGUCUGAAACAGAGAAGGCUGCACAUUUUUUCUGUUUGGGCUAUUCUGCAGUGGUUUUGUGGUCUCCACAGGGGACAAUUCUCGACACAAUAUUUCUGGCUCUGGGUCUCAUUCUCACCUCUCCCCCAUCUCUUCUAGCUUUAACCACUCGCAAAGCCUACUGUCUUGGGAUUGCAGAGGUCAUUCCUUUAAGGUCACCCCUUUAAGGAUCUCUUCUACAAGUAUGUGAAAGUGGUGCAUGUGUUGUUGUAGUAGAUCUGCCUAGGAAGGGAGGUUAGGUGAAGGUGCUGUUGGGGAGGUGUCUUGUUUUGUGGAGAGGUCAGGAUGAGAGCAAGGAGUUUUGUAAGAAGGCGGCUGAUGCUCAGGCUUCUUUGUAAGAGCCAUGCGAGAGCAAAUUAGUGGCCCUUCUAGUCCAGCAGUCUGCUCCCCUAGUGGCCAACCAGAUAUUUAGGGCAAAGUCCACAACAGCAACCAUGAUCCCCAACAACUGGUGCUAUUGAAAGACAUGCUGCGUUUCUUCCUGGGGAAAAUAUUUAGCUGCCAAUGACCUUAUUUGCCACAAAUUUCUCUAUUCUGUCCCAUAUGGCAGCCAUCCCCUUAUCUAGUGGCAGGGAGUUCCAUUCUUCAGCAAUGCAAUGUUGUGUGGAAAAGUCCUUUCUCUGGUCUGCUUGUAAUCUUCCACUCACCAGUUUCACUGUAUGACCCCAUUGGACAUGACAAGAAGCCCCUCUCUCUCCAGUCUCUCCACUCCACAUGCCAUUUUAUACACCACUAGCCUUAAAGUGCAGAAUAAAGCCACAACACAUUAAAGAAAGAAAAGAGAGACAAGCAGGAGAGAGGGAAGGAGGUGGGGGCUUGGCCAAAGUGAAGUGGAGAUGUGAGGGAACGGGGGGAUGGAGACGGGGAGCAGAGAGGGUCAUCUGAAGGGGUCUUCUGAAGAGGCCUAAGAGUGGUGGCAAGAGGUAAGAAAUUGAUGCUUGAGAUGUAAAUAGAUGGAUGAACCUUCCUUCACAUCCUUUUCUCCUCUUUCAGUUGCAGAAAUGGAUUUGGCUGCCAUUGACCCAGUUCUGCAGGUUAGUAUCAGUGGGAGCAGGAGUAUAGACCAGGUACAAGACCCCUUGGCACAGAAGGUUACCUUGCCCAGCAGCAGAGGAAGCCGCUUGGGUGCCUGGGGCGGGGUGCCCAGGGGCAGGGUGAACUUCCCAUAGGGGUGGGGCGAGGACAGCCUAGGGAAGUCCCUUCCUGAUUAAAAGCCUGACUUUUUCCACUUUUAGAAUCUUGGCAAGGAUUAUUUUUUCCUCUUCUGUAUUCGCUACUCAAGCGAGUACAUCUAUCAUAUGAGCAACGAUAGAGUGGUGUAUCAUAAAGAACCCACCUCCGCGGCUAUUAUGGUAAGUGAGGUUCAGUAUGAGAAAUCCAGUGGGGAGGUGGGCGGAAGGGAUGGGGGUGAGGUUUGGGUAAUGGUCUGUGAAAAGCAAGUUUCUUGGUAUGGCAAAGAAGAAGAAUUUGCAGGCAUUUGGGACAGGCAUUCCAACUGCAAUUGAAGUCAACCCCUGAGUCUCGGGCUGGAGCAGCCCCCCUGAAUUCCAUGGGGAACUAACUUUGCUCUUCUGCUCUUUAAACUCUUCUUAGGACAUCAUGGAGAGAUGGUACAUGUUUCCGGUCCCCUCCAAAGUAUUGAAAAUGGGAAUGGAGAACAUCACCUGCCUGACGUAUGUUGUUGGCACUGUGUGUGUGUGUAUUUAUUCACAGUGAUUGGGAAUUAGAAGUGGUGUGUGUGUGUGUGUGUGUGAGAGAGAGAGAGAGAGAGAGAGAGAGAGAGAGAGAGAGACCUGCUUGAGGAAAGGGCAGCCAGUGGCUGGCAAUUUAGAUUGAGUGAGAAGAAUCAAAAUGCAGGGAAAUAGCAGUGACUGAACAAAUGGGCCAAGAGUGCCAUAUUGAGCUUGACAACAAGUUUACAGGGUAGGUAGGUUGUGGCAAUGGCAGCUUCUAUCUCUAAAAAAUAAAAGAAAAAUCGCUGAUGGCUGUUAUGCUCCUAGGGCUAGAUGUAUCCCCCCCCCCCCAAAAAAAUCUCAUCUCUUCCUUGAAGGAAGCUGGAACUUGAUGGGUCAAUCAAGGAUGGGGUUAGCUCCUCAGUGGGUCAUGGAGACUUUGAAUAUACAGUCUCCAGAGGUCCCAAAUCAGUGGGGGUGUGGCUCCCAACACCCCUGGAAACCAACCACUGGUCUUAUCUUAUUUCUUGCUUCCUCAUGACAGCUUCCUGAAACCUGCAUUUACGGCAAGUAAGAAAUCGGCCAUUGUCGGUGGGAUGCUCUACCCGAUUGCUAACACUUAUGGACUGAGCGAUGAUGAAAAGGAGGUAACUUAUUUGUAGCUUUGAUCAUUACUCUUGACUUCUAUUGGUUCAAUUUAUCUCCUGAAAAUUUUGCACCAUCUUUCCAUUCCUUACUAUUUUUUUUAGUGAGAGAGUAAGCUUAGUUGCACAAAUAAUAUUUUUGGUUUCACUGGUUUCCAGCUAUUACACACAAGGAUUUUUUAAACAUCAUCUCCAUUCAGAAAGUGAAUUUUGCCUCAUUAUUUGUCCAUGAGUGAAAACUUAGUCUCAUUUGAAGCUGGCCUUUGUCUCUACUCUGUCAGUUUGCUUCAGUAUCACACUCCUUAUUAUCCAGUGCUAAAAAUCUGUUAUCUAUCCCCCCCCCUCCAUGUGUUUCCACAUCAUCUCCUCCCAUGAUUCUGUGAAUCUAUCUAUGUGAAAAUGGUUUUGACUGCCAGGAGCUUAAGAAGCAGUUUCAUGGAAUGGUCAGGCGCCUGCUGGCUGAGUCCCCAACCCUUGCAACCCUGUCAUGCAUCAUGCAAGUAAGUGCGAUGGUGGGACAAGGGUAUUGAUUCAUUUCAGCAGAGCCUGCUGGCAUAAAAGCUUGAUCAGGCAGCAUCACAAACCCAGAACAUGGGUGUCCCCUGACACGCUGGGGAAGGGCAGGCCACUCAGACAGGGGGCCACCCUUGUCAAGGCCCUUUCUUCAGUCUCCACCUGGGUGCAGCAGCCAGGGGGGGCCAAAGCAAAUUUGGGGCUUGGUGACUUGGGAGAAAGCCUUUUUUGAGCUGUCUGGAACAUUGAACAAAGGAUCUCCCUCAGAUAGUGGGGAGGACUCCUUGGUGGAGAUGGUAGCUUGCCUCUCUAGCCGAAACCAGCCCCCUGAUACUAUGGUGCUUUUUCCUCCCACAGCCGCUGACCUUUUACUUCAAUGCAGAAGAUGAGCAGGAAAGACAGCUGGCUAUCAGCACCAUCCGUGAUUUGCUGACAUAUGCAUUAAAAUUCAACAACAUGCCUGUAAGUAUCUGUUUUAUGGUCCAGAGAGGUUUCUCAAAGCGGCUUAAAAAAGACUGUCUCAAGAAAAGUGAUAUCCAAGCUUGGUAUCAAGCAGAGAGGGAACAUGAUCCACCAGUGUGUCCAGGAUUAUUCAGGUGGAUUUUUUUGGCCUCUUCUUUGGUGCUGCCCUUUGGCCUCCACCUACUAGGCAGCAGAGCCCACAGAGGUUCUUGGAGCCACCCGAGUGGGGUUCAGCAGCUGCUUUGGAGUUCUCUUGUAUUUGCUUUUUGGGUUAAAUAAAGGACCUGAUUAAGGCAUUAUUAUUAUUUUUUUUGUCUCUACAGGGGAUAGCAAUAAAUGGAAUUCUUACGCCAGCGGUGUCCGAGUUGUUCAAUACCAUCAACGAAGGCAAGUUGUCCAUUCUGCAAGCACAGAACAAACCCACAGGGCUCACUCUCCACCCCAAAGCCAUCCUUGGCAGCCUAACUGGGGUCUGAGGAGGGCUCACUUCUUUGCUGUAACACACCUGCCUCAGGUUGAAAUCCCAGCCCUGCAUUAAAGCCCCCAAGCAAGGUGGAGAGUGAACAGCUGUUCCCAGAUGCUAUGGGGAUGCCCAAUGGUCUGGCAAUGGGGGUGGUGAUGUUGGGGGUGGGGGCAGCUCCACUGGGCUUUGCCAGGGCAUGGGAGGGGGCAUUAGCUGCCUAAGGAUGCCCAGUGAUGAGUCUGGGCCUGGUUGUAAGGAAGACUCACUUCUCUUAUCUUCUUUUCCAUCUAGCGGACGUCCUGAUUGAACAUGUGGAUGUGUUCCCACCAAUGCCCCAAUUCCCAUGAAUCCUCUUCCCAAACCAGAGUGAUGUGUGUGGUCAGUGAUGAAGGAGGAAUCAUUAUUUGGUGUUAUCUGAGGGAAUUUGCCAUUAUCUGAGUGCAUUUGUCAUGAUCUGAGGACAUUUGUCAUUAUCUGAGGGCAUUUGCCAUUAUCUGAAGGCAUUUGCCAUUAUCUGAGGGCACUUACCAUUAUCUGAGGGCACUUGCCAUGAUCUGAGGGCAUUUGCCAUGAUCUGAGGGCAUUUAUCAUGAUCUGAGGGCAUUUGCUAUUAUCUGAAGGCAUUUGCCAUUAUCUGAGGGCACUUACUAUUAUCUGAGGGCAUUUGCCAUUAUCUGAGGG